CAGGUACAGAAAGUUUAAAAAAAGUCAAGAACGAGUUAGAUUACAGUGAGGGAACUUCUGGGGUUACAAUUGACAACGGAACGCUUUUUUUUAUACAAUCUAUCGCUUCCUUAAGUGCUACACGCAUACAACACAAAGCUUGAAACUCGCUUUGUUUCUAUUUUUUUUUUGUGCACCUGUUUUAUCUUUAUUCAUAAACCCAACCUACUCACUUUCGAAAUGAACGCAUUGCUCCGAAUGACAACAACUCCAUCGAGAGCCCACCAUCUACGACACUAUUCCAGUCAGACAGCUAAACCGAGUGGAACGCGCGGCGGUAUCAUUGGAUUCAUGGUGGGUGUCAUUACAGCAGGAGCAGCAGGAUACUAUUACUUGAUGGAUGAGUAUAAUAGUGCUUCGACAUCUUUACUUCUUUCACUUCAAGAACUCCAAGCAUCGACUGACAAGGUAAAGGAUUAUGCUCGUCGCAUUGAAAAAUUGGAUAGAGAAGUAGCCAAAUUAAAAGAAACAACAGCAACGAAACAGCAGUUGGCAGAUACAAAAGUCGAUUUUCGUAAAUUAUAUGAUACCUUGAAUAUUGAACAUCUCGAAUUGAAAACGCAUAUCUGGGGAUUAGAAAAGGAUCUUCAAAAUAAUAAUGCCAGUGACCCUAAAGAUGCUUGAUCUAGGUAGAUGACGCAGUUGUUCUCCCAAUUUAGGUCUUCUAUUCCCCUUCCACACACGCACACACGCAUACACACACACCCCUUCUUUUCUAAAUCAUUACCCUAUGUAAAAAGAGAAAAUUCAGAUUAUAUCUUAAUCAUCUUCCUUUUGCCUUUCUCAUCUAUAAUAAAAGCCGCCCCCCGUUUUUUUUUCCGGUGGCUUAUGUCCUUCAUUAUCAAAAAUCAAUGAAAAAAGAGCAAAAAAAAAAAAGAAAAUGCAC